GUCGCUUCCUCUUUUUCUUUGUCACUCUUUCUGUCAGAGUACAACAACUGAGAAACAGAAGCAUUUAAAGUACGCCUAACAUCUGAAUCUAUCCACUGCUUAAAAACAGGACUUCUUGAAUUGUUCUGAGGUUGUUGUUAUGGCGGCAAUCCGGUUACUUCUGACUUUCCCAUUUUUAUCUGGUUUUUCUGAUUCUUGCCCGAAGAAACCAGACCUUUUCAUCACCACACCAGGACACCUGUUAGCUCUGAGUGGAUCAUGUCUACACAUCCCAUGCAAUUUUUCAUCUAAAACAAGAGAAAACUUUACAGGGGUAAACUACGGGGUAUGGUUUAUAAAGGAUCCUAGAUUUCAAUUUUUUCCAAAUAACUUGAUUUUCAACAGCAGUGGCGCAGUAAAAGUGUAUCCACUAGAAAUUACAGGAAACCUGAUGGAGAAAAACUGCACAACUUUAUUUGAAAAUUUAACUAUGCAACACUCAGAUAAAUACUUUUUCAGAAUUGAGAACUCGAUGUACAAGGCAACAGCUUCCUGCAGUCCGUGUCAAGUAACAGUAACAGAUUCUCCUUUGAGUCCCAGCAUUAAUAUCUCUGUUGGUGAUCUCAAGGAGCAUCAGUCUGCAACUAUAAGCUGCUCAGCUGUGACUCCCUGUCCACACUCACCUCCUGAACUCACCUGGAAUCUCCAACAAGACUCUGAGAGACAAACAGAGAAAAACCCAGAUGGAACCUUUACAACUAAAAUCCAGGAGACCAUCACUCUGUCAGACACACAUGAUGGAUACAACAUCAGCUGUUCUGCCAGAUAUCCUGUGAAUGGAGGAAGCAAGACAGCAGAGACAGAAGUGACUCUCAGUGUUUCAUAUGCUCCUAAAGACACCUCAGCAUCCAUCAGUCCAUCAGGUUUGGUGUCAGCAGGUAGCUGGGUGGAGCUGAGCUGCUCCAGCAGAGCCAAGCCUCCUGCCAGCUUCACCUGGUUCAGGAACAGCAAACAUGGAGCCAUUAAUGUAUCUGUGGGGCAGGUUUACAGCUUCAAUGUUACUGAGGGAGGAGAGUAUUACUGUGAGGCUACAAAUGAUCUGGGGAAUGAGAAGUCAUCAAGGAUCUGUGUUGGAUGCAAAGGGAUGGAGGCAACAACAUUAUGGCCGUCUGUUGCUGGGGGGUUUGUUGGGAUCAUAAUUGUGAUCUGUGUGGUUUACAUUCUAUGGCGUUUAAAGUGGAAAACAUCAUCUUUACAUCAGACUCAGAAACCAGGUUUCCAGGAGCCUGCCGGCAGCGUAGAAAAUCAGGACAUCCAUUAUGGAGACAUCGACUUCUCUGUUAUGAGAAAAUCCUUCAAAACAGUGCAAGAUGAGAAAGAGCUGCAGAGUAUUGUUUACUCAGAAGUGAACGUGUGCAGACCUGAAAACAGGUUAAAAGAGGCUGAGGAUUGUACUUAUGCUCAAGUAAAGAAGAAACCAGUCAAUUCACAUUCCAGUUAGAGUUAUAUUAUGCUGUGUCAAAAAGGGAUUUUCUUCUCAUUUGCAUAUUUGUCACACUUACAGAACAAUUUAGAACAUUGAUAAGGGGCAAAGAAAACACAAUUAAACACAAUGCAGUUUUAAAUGACUGGGCCAUUCCAAAGUCUUCAGUCUGUUUUUUUCUUCAGCCAUUCAGAGGUAAACUUGCUGGUAUGUUUCUAUCAGCUGC